ACAUGAGUGGCACCAUUACAGUACGUUAGCCAGGCUAAGAUUGCUUAGCAUGAUUACUUUGAAAGUGCGGUUACUUUUCGGUGCAACAUUCAUUACGUAGUACUAGUGGCAUCGGAAAAAUUUCCUUACAUAUAAAAAUAAUUGACUACUUUGAAAAAUCGGCCCAUGCCGAUAAUCAUAAGUUAUAGUAUGACGUUUUUAUUUAUCACUUUCAGUUUCACUUUAAUUUUACAAUAGUAAUAGGGAAGCGUUACUUCGAUAGUAAUAGUAGUCUUUAGUAGUCUAGCAGAAAUUAACUUGGUGAAGGCAAAGUAUAGGCUACAAACUCUACUAACUGUAACAAUCGAUAAUUACUUUUUGCAUGUGAUUUUAACACACAAAAAAAAGACAAACGUUUUCUGGAAAAUGCGUUAAUCUGUCAUAAUAAUAUUAUAAAUCAGAAAAUACUUAAAAUAACCAUGUAUUUUUUUUUAAAAAUUACCAAAGUUACAAUAACAAUGUGAAUGUGAGUGAAUAUGUGUUAUACUAUACUAUAAGUAGGCUAAGUCUUAGUAUAUAAUUUAUAUAGUAGGCCUAUAGGUACUUAACAAAUAACAAUUUAUAUAACUACACAUAGUCACAAUGUAUUGUUAGUCUAAGUCUAGUCAUAGCAUAGUCUGAGCUGAAAGUAAAACCAAUAUAAUCAUUAUAUAAUAGAUAUAGUCAUAGUAAUACAUAUAGAUAGAUAUAUUAUAUUACAUAGUAUAUUGAUAUAUGUUAAGUUGUAUAAAAUAUAUUUCAACAUUAAUUUUCAACAACAGUUUCAGAAAUUGAGAAAAGAAUACAAAUUCCCUGUAGAGAGAAAUUUUUAAAAUUAAUUAAAUAUAAGAUGAAUCAAAACCUAAUCAGAUCAAAAAUCAGCUUUCUAAAGGAAGAGAAAAUCUGGUUGCAUCAGACAUUAGAAGACUUGUUCGAUAAGGUGAGUCAAGUCCAAGGAUGUAAAAAUUAACUUGUCUCUUGAAUUAAUCAAGAGGAUGAAUGAUGAGAUUAAGAUAAUAUUCCAUCAAUUUGGCUAGGCCCUUAUAAACCUAUUGCAUGUCAUGUGCAAUAUUUAUAAAAAGACCUAUAAAAAAAUGUGGUCGUGGUACAUUUAUGAAUAAAUGGGUAACUCUUUGACUAUAUAAUAUAAUAUAUUAUUAUUUAAGACUUAUGGUAUGGCAUCUUUCCGUAUGCUGGAGACAAUAGAUUAUCUUUAUUGCUUGCAGCUCUUGGUGUGGCUUAAGACUUAUGACAACGACAAUAACUUAAGAGGAAAACAUAUUUUUCCAUUGUUAAAAUUUCAGUGGUCUAGUUUGGGUUUAUUCCCACCCAGGGUGGGCCAAUAUUUUUGUCGGAAUUAUGACACCAGACAAUCAGAAAAAUGUGUCAGCUGAAAACUGUCAUCAGCAAACAGAAAAAAAAAGAGAGAGAGAAUAAAUUAAGAACUUAGCUUAGAAAGACUUGACAGGAAGGUAUUCAAAUCCUAGAUGACAUCAUUAGAUUCAUUACUAAGGAAAAAUGUAAUUCAGCUAAACUCAUAACUCUUAGGCUUGAUAGUAAUUCAGAUUUUCACCUCAGUAUAUCCUUCCUUUUUUCAUUCACACAACUAGCAACUAUACUAUCCAUUAUAUAUAAUGACAAUUUUAGAUAUUGUUCAGUGGUGAGAACUGGUUAGAGAACCAGAGUCAUCAGUCCUGUGACGAUAUCAAACACAUCCUGGACAAAGCAGCAACUUUCUUUACAUGUAAAGCUGAGGAAAUACAAGGUAACCGUAGUUUUACUGCCACAUUAGAUUCAUUUUUUGGCACAGGAAUCAUAGAUCCAUAUUAAUGUCUAUACAUUAUGCUGUAGUUAAAUACAUUAUAAAUACUUCUUUAAUUAAGUUAGUUUCAAACUGAAAAAUGUUGUCAUUUAUUUAUUUAUAAAUGUGAUCAAGUGUGAAUGUUUUGUUGUAAAAAGAAUCCCUUAAAACAGAAUAUGCACAUAUAGAGUAUCAAGAUGAUGACAGAUCCAUUUGCUGAAAUCUUAGGUUUUUUAAAAUAUUAUUUCUGUAAACUUGCAGAGUAAGUGAGAUUUGAUCCAAUAUCACAUACAGUGUUCCCUCAUCUAUUGCCGGUUUAUUUUUUGCGUUUGCACUGUAUCCCAGAUUGUUUACUUGUAUAUAUCUAAUCUUGUAUCACUAUAUUUUUAUAUAUUUAUUUUAAUCAUUUUUGCAGGGGGGGGGAAAGCAUCUUCUAGCCUGAAAAAAAUUUAAAACAAUAACCAAACAAUUUAAAUAUUAAUUAAAUCAUAUUAAAAGAAUAAUAAAGUGAAAUAAUAUAUGUAGCUUACAGCAGAUGAGUAUACAAAGAUUCACAUGCAUGGGCGCCCCCAGGUAGGGGCAAGGGGGGGGGGGGCAUUUGCCCCCCGGGAUUGAUUGGGUAAAAAAAUUUUUAGAAAAAAAGAAACAAAAAAAAAAUUCUCCCCCCCCCCUGAAAGUUUAUCCUUUUUUUUCCCCCCCCCCCCCCCCAGAAAGUUUUCUGCGGGCGCCCAUGUUCACAUGUAUGAAAAAUGCAGCUAUGGCACAUUAUCGGCUGAUGGAUGGGUUGAUAUAUUUUGUAACUUCUCUGAUUCUCUUUGUCAUUCAAAUAUAAACAAUUAUAACCACCAUUUUCUUUUAGAUUUAUUAACCUCUCCUAAGUUUUCAAAAUUAAUGUGCAUUUUCUAGUUUUGUAAGGGGUCCAACACCUAGUUAAACAAUUUUUAAGGCCUUUGAGACUUAGUCAAUUUCAAAUUGUGUGUGGUGGUGAAUGUGUUGAAAAUUCUGGGAAGCCCCGAAUUUUAACCGCUAACAAUUUAGAAUAUAUAUAUAUACAUAUCUUAACUAGCUGUUUAAAAAACUGGAAUAAUUUUAUCUAAACAGCUUUUGAUAAGCAACUGGAUUUGGAAUUGAAACCCACUGUUCCAGGGCAGGCAGCCUCCACACAACUGGUGCAGACAACAGCAAUCACGCCAUCGCUGCCAGCAGCACAGAAGCACAGUGGUUAAGAAUUUAUUUAUUAGCAUCUUAACUUUUUCAUCAUCCUUCAUUUUCAAAAAUAUUUAUCACCCAUGACUAUUACUAAGUUAAUAUAGUGAAAAUUAAAUGAAACACAUGACUGUAGAGCAGCGACCUGCAUAAUUUGAUUUCAAGUACCUUUGAUGUCAGCUAUAACUUGUGAGAAAAGAACAUAAGACAGAAGAAAUAUUUUUUUUAUUGCUUUCAAAUGAACAUUGUCACUUAAAAAUAUCAAUUUUUAUUAAAGGUCUUGAUUGAUAGAAAUUGAAUUGGUAACAUCAAGUUUAUUUAAAUUUUUCAUUAUUUAAAAUACCCAGAUGCCAACCCCACCUCCCGGCCAAAAUAAACACAAAUAAACACACACUUAAAUAUUCCUAAAUGAUCAGUUAGAGCGUGGACAGUUCAGGUAUAUUAACAAUUUUAUAUUUUUAAUAUUGUCUUCAGAAAUGAAGGAGAUCACUUCAUCUUUACAAACAAAUUUAGACGCAUUCUCAGAAAAGUUGUCUGCUCUUGAAGGGAGAAUUUCUCCCCUUGAUCAUAAUUUUAAGAAGCUUAUUGACAAACAAAUGUCUUUGGAAGAUAACCUAUCAAACUUGUCCCUGGAAUUAUUAAGUGUCAAAGAAAAGCAGUCAUCUGACGAAGAAGUGCAGACCGCAAAACAAUUGAAGACAUCCAAACGGCUGGACAAAUUAUCCACAAAGAUUUCAGAAAUGGAUACUGAGCAGAACAUCCGGUUUGACAGAAUCCUAGCUGACCAGCAGGAGGCUGGCUCAAAGUUCAAAGUCACAUCUGAUCUCACAGAACAAAGAAUUAUAAAUCUGAGUGAUAAUCUUUCAGAGCUGAAGGAGGAGUAUCUGACCAAGAUAGAAAGUGUUGAAAAUCAAGUGACAUUGAUGAUAGACUCGUCGUAUCAUCUCGAGUCUCAGUUUAUGGCCUUGACCCAACGAAUGCAAGGCCUGGACACAACAGUGCAGAACCUGCACGGAACUGUUGAUGAUGUUUCCUCAUCUGUCACAGCUGCAUCAGUUAAAUGUGAGACGGAUUUAGAGCAGCUCAAGAACAGAUUUGUGGUUCUAGAAGAGCCAAGGAAUGAGGACAUGAACAGCUUAGCUAGUGAUCUAAAGGACAUCAAGACAAAGGUAAGAGAUAAGUUGUUCUAGAAGAGCACAGGAACGAGGACAUAACAGCUUAGCUAGUGAUCUAAAAGACAUCAAGACAAAGAUAAGAGAUAAGUUGUUCUAGAUGAGAACAGGGAUGAGGACAUGAACAGCUUAGCUAGUGAUCUGAAGGAUAUUAAGACAAAGAUAAGUUGUUCUAGAAGAGCAAAGAAAUGAGGAUAUGUGCCUGUGCCUUAACAGUACAUUAGCUCACAUUUGAAAUAGGUCACCUUUUAUUACAUAAGUGUAGGAUUGUCCAAUAUAUCAUUUCUUCUAGAGUAGUAAACAAUCCCAUUUUUAAUUCCCCCAGAAGCAUGACCUGUAAGCAGUCUGCUUAUUCCACCACCUCCCCCAUUUUCAUAUGUAAUACAUCAAUGACCCCCAUACAUUGGUAAAAUAUUAAAAUUAAUGACUCCAUAUAUAGAUAAAAUAUUAAAAUUAAUGAGCCCAAAAAUAUGUAAAAAGAAAGUAAGAUUAGUGACCCCAUAAACCAAAUUGAGAAAACAACAUCGAUCAAAUUUCUGACGGAAACCUUCGCAGGGAAGAACAUGUGUUUUAGUGAAUUGAAAAUUCUUUAGCUAAUGGAUGGUCUAUUUUCUCAAUCACUGAGCAGUAGUUGUACUAAGAGACUGACUAUAUCUCACCGUGCAAACAGUUGUGGUAAUAAAUGUUCUCUCUCACAGUAUGAACAGGUGUGUCAGAUAGUGAGAAACAGACUUCUUCCGCUAGUGCAAUUGCGACAAAUUCUAAACGACAGAGCCAAGGCAGAAAGACACGAUCAGGAAAAGGUAACUAAAAUAAUUUUCCUUCAGUUAUACAGAGAAGAGCAGUUCUAAAUUUUGUUUGUAACCAACAUAAAUUAAUUUUCAGGUUUACAUCUUAAUCUAUAAUCUAUGAGGAAAUACUUAACUGGAGACUUUACAUCUAUUUUCUAACUGUAUGUAUAGCUGUUAGGUAUUUGUAACCUUAAAAAAAUUGUUUAAGGAUUUGAUGAAUAUUAUUUAUACAUUGGAAGAGUCAGGAGGAUUUUUACAAUUUUUUUUUGAAUUGUAAAUAUGUUGUUAUGAAAAAAUUAUCAGUUCUCUCUCCCAGUAAUGGUGCAUUAGGAGACAGCCCGGCUGGGCAGUGCAUGCAUUGGUAAAAUGAUUAAAUUAGUAAAUUAAAAAUAUAAAAAUGGGGUCAGCAAAAUCAGUCUUUAGUUAAGAGAUCUUUACAUUUACAUAUUUAAUUUUAAUAAAAUGUUAAUUAUUUUUAGAACUUUUGAGCAUUUUAGUAGCUAAGAUUUUUUUUUUUUCUGUUCUAUAACUGCGCAAUGCGUAUGGUGGAACUAAUAUUUCCCUGUUUUGUUGUCUGUUUAUAGAGGCCAUUAUGAACUGAUUACACCAUAGCUGAUCUGACAAAACCUUUUCAUUUCUGCACUGCUGAAACAAAAGUGGAUUGAACACAGAUUAAUAAGGACUCCACAAUGUAAAUAAAGACUGAGUUUUGCACACAAAAAUUAUGGUGGACAGUCAUAUUUUUAACCUGGCCUGGUUGACCCACUUACCAAAUGCAAUAUCACUCAUUACUUGAAAGUGACCAAGAUGGCUUGAAUUUUGAUAUUUCUAUAAAUGUCACCAUGAUCACAUGUGCCUCUAAUACAUGUGAGACAGAAAACUGUCAACGCUUUACCAGGAAUUAUGGUAACUUGACAUUGGGCAAGAGUCCAGGAGAUGCAGCAACACCUGUGUCAGUAUGAAGGAGGAUUCUAUUCUUCCCAACAACUUCCAAGGACUAAGUUAGGGUUGGACCAGAAUACUCAAAGACAUUAGGGAUAUUUUCCAUGAUGUUAUGAUUGUUGAAAAUUUUCAUACAAAAUGACAACUCUUCACUAGCAAUAAUUAAAUAUGUUUAUUG